AUGAAGCUCCUCUGCAGCAUAUCCACGGUUUCCCUGCUGCUCUUCUGCCUCCCAGUGUGCCUUGCUGCUCAUGGUCGCUACGCUCAGAAGCUGAUGACUGACUUGUUCUCUAACUACACCAACGCCUUGCGUCCGGUGGAGGACACCGACCACAUCAUCAACGUCACACUGCAGAUCACUCUCUCCCAGAUCAUCGACAUGGAUGAGCGUAACCAGAUCCUGACAACAUACCUGUGGGUCCGCCAGGUGUGGAAUGACGCCUACCUCACGUGGAAGAAAGAGGACUAUGAUGGUCUCGACACUAUCCGCAUACCCAGCAGCUACGUAUGGAGACCUGACAUUGUUCUGUACAACAGUGCAGACGACGAGUUUUCCAGCUCCAUGGAGACCAACGUGGUGAUUCGUCACGACGGGCAGAUAAUGUGGGACCAGCCAGCCAUCACCAAAAGCUCCUGCUCCGUGGAUGUGGCCUUCUUCCCCUUCGAUCUGCAGCAGUGUCACCUAACCUUUGGGUCCUGGACUCACAACGGCAACCAGAUGGACUUGUUCAAUGCCUUAGACACUGCGGACCUGGCAGACUUCGUGCCCAAUGUGGAGUGGGAGGUCCUGGGCAUGCCAGCCAAGAAGAAUGUAAUCUUGUACGGUUGCUGUUCUGAUCCGUACCCAGACAUCACCUUCAGCCUCCACCUGAAGAGACGGGCCUCCUUCUACAUCUUCAACCUCCUCAUCCCCUGCAUGAUGAUUUCCUUUCUGGCGCCAUUGGGCUUUUACCUGCCGGCAGAUUCUGGUGAAAAGGUUUCUCUGGGUGUCACCGUGCUGCUGGCCCUCACCGUCUUUCAGUUGCUGGUGGCUGAGAGCAUGCCACCCUCCGAGAGCGUCCCACUGAUAGGAAAGUACUACAUCGCUACCAUGACCAUGGUCACUGCAUCAACAGCGCUCACCAUCUUCAUCAUGAACAUCCACCACUGCGGCCCCGAGGCUCGUCCCGUCCCACGGUGGGCCGAGCGCUUCAUCCUAAACUACCUCGCCCGCAUCUGUUUCGUAUACGAAGUCGGUGAGAACUGCCUCGGCGGGGCGACCUCCAGCAAGCAGUCUCAGUCUGAGGAGGAGUCUGAAGCCCGAGCAGCAAACAACAGCAACCCAAAAGGAACAAACUGGGACGUGAACGGGCAAGUGUGGGCCGGGAGGGUGGAGGAGGGCGGGGCAGGGGAAGCAAUGAAGCCGGGGCGGGAUUCAAGCAACCAGACUGAGUGGACGGAGGACAUGUUUGUGACCAUCGACCACUCCGAGGAGGAAGGAGCUGCAGGAGGAACUGACGGGGAGCGAGGAGGUGAGCAUGUGGAGGAAAAGAAAGGCGUAGGAGGUGAAGAGGCCGGCGGAGGCAGGAGGGAGAAAAGCGUGUGUGUGUGCCAGCACCAGGGACUACGCAAAAACAUUGAGUACAUUGCCAACUCGUACCAGGACCAGCGGGCCGCACAGCUGCGCAUCGGGGAGUGGAGGAAGGUCGCCAAGGUCAUGGACCGCUUCUUCAUGUGGCUCUUCUUCAUUAUGGUCUUCUUCAUGAGCAUCCUAAUCCUGGGAAAAGCCAUCUGAUGGAAAUACGUGUGUUUACAUUAUGACGGACCACUGUAUGUCUUACAGCUGAACCCACACACACACACACACACACGCACGCACG